ACUGUCUAUAUUUCUCUCUCCUCUGCUUCUCUAUAAAAACGGCAUUAGCAUUUCCCAACUCCCACACUUUAAAACAAUAAUAAUAUCUCACUCUCUCUUUCUCUCUCAUUUCUUUUCAACAUUCGCAAAGAAACCCAGUUUAUAAUUCGACUGUAUUAUCUUCAAAAUAUUAACCAAAGAUAACAUCCUCUGUUCACCCCUGUUUUCAAUUUCCCAGAAACAUAUAAUCACAAAAUGAUGAAUGUUGCUCAUUUCAUCUUCGGAGUUUUUGGAAAUGCAACUGCUCUGUUUCUCUUCUUAGCACCAGUUGUGACAUUUAAGAGGAUCAUAAAGCACAAAUCUACCGAGCAAUUCUCAGGAAUACCCUAUGUCAUGACUUUACUCAACAACCUUCUUUCUGCUUGGUAUGGACUACCCUUUGUAUCACCAAACAACAUUUUAGUGACAACAAUCAAUGGAACUGGAGCAGUAAUUGAGAGUGUAUAUGUGUUAGUUUUUCUAAUAUUAGCUCCUAAAAAAGAGAAGCUUAAGAUUGGAGGUCUUCUUGCAAUUAUCCUCUCGAUUUUCGCAACGGUGGCGCUUGUUUCAGUCCUUGCUCUUGAUGGUAACAAGAGGAAGAUUUUCUGUGGUGUUGCUGCUAGUGUUUUCUCUAUCAUCAUGUAUGGCUCCCCUCUUUCUAUCAUGAGGUUGGUGAUUAAGACGAAGAGUGUGGAGUACAUGCCAUUCUUGCUAUCACUCUUCUGUUUCUUAUGUGGUACUUCCUGGUUCAUUUUCGGAUUAAUCGGCCGCGAUCCUUUCGUUGCUGUACCAAAUGGGUUUGGGAGUGCAUUAGGAGCAAUGCAACUAAUCCUAUACUUCAUAUACUAUGACAAGAACAAGAAUCCUGAGCAGAAAAAGAAAAGUGUAGCUGAUCCUGAACAAGCAGUUGAAUUGGGCCAAAGUGGAAAUGGGAAGGCCCACAAUAAUAUCCAAGAUGGAAAGCCCAACACGCAAACUUCGUUAAAUGGACACGUUUAAUAUUCUGCUACGUGUCACUUUGUGUUUAGCACAGCACAUUGAUUAAAAUCUGAUCCUCUGCAAUUAUUUUUUAGCCUUUUGUUUUUGUAGUUAUCUUUCUUUUUCAGCUUUUUUUUUUUUUUUUUUAUUGGUUAGGUUUUGAUUCUCUCGAUUUCAAAAGUGUAAACAUGUUUGUGUUGAGAAAUGGCGAAAGAUAGCCAUUGUAACAAAGGGAUGAUACGGCCAAUUGUAAUAACGUUGUCAAGUGAAUAUAAAUACGACCAAUUGCAAUAA